CUUACCAGAGGCAUCAGGGCCAGGCAUGGCAAUCCUGCCACGCCGCCAUGCUGGUGCUCGGGUGGCAGGCUCCAGCUUGGAUGCAUGGCCAUGCUUUCGAUAUUGCUAAAUUGGGGAGGCACUCUUCUUCUAAUAAUAAGACGCCUCGUCUCCUCCGAUCAAAAGCUUCUCCACAUACACUCCACUCCCCCCAAUUCUUCCUCGCCGCAUGCGCUACAUCAAAAGUCAGAACGGAGGAGCGCUCCAAUCCAUCCAUACAUGCGUGAAGACACUCGCAUUUCUGUGCAACGAGGGGCCGGCGGCAACUGGAAGCUGGAAUUCCGUCCGCGCAGACCUCACCGUCCCAGCUACGACGAGCCGGGCUUCGGCGGCGCCUUGGCGAGGAUGGUGAUGCCGAUCUCGAGCGGCGGUGACCACCACCACGCCGCGGCGGCGGGAGGCGAGGGCGCGGAGCCCCUGCUCCCCGAGAAGCAGCGUGGCGGCGGCGGGGCGGAUGAUGCCGGCGACGACUUCCACGGCGCGUCCUUCUCCGGGGCCGUGUUCAACCUCUCCACCACCAUCGUCGGCGCGGGCAUCAUGGCGCUCCCGGCCACCAUGAAGGUGCUCGGCCUCGUCCCGGGCCUCGUCCUCAUCGUGCUCGCCGCGCUGCUCACGGACGCCUCCGUCGACCUCCUCGUGCGGUUCAACCGCGCCGCGGGCGUCAGGACCUACGCCAAGACCAUGGGCGACGCCUUCGGGGUGCUCGGCAGGGGGUUGCUCCAGUUGUGCGUCAUCGUCAACAACCUCGGCAUCUUGGUCGUCUACAUGAUCAUCAUCGGUGACGUGCUCUCUGGAACCUCCUCCAGCGGCGUGCACCAUCACGGUGUGCUUGAAGGAUGGUUCGGCGCAAACCGGUGGAACGGACGCUUCGCAAUCCUCGCCAUCGCAACUCUCGGUGUGUUCACUCCGCUGGCAUGUGUCAAGCACGUCGACUCACUGAGAUACACGUCUGCUCUAUCGGUCGCUCUGGCCGUUGUGUUCGUCGUGAUCACUGCCGGGAUCGCUAUGUUCAAGCUGGCGAGAGGGCAGAUUCCGAUGCCUCGGCUGUUCCCCGACAUCCAUGACUGGCCGUCCAUCUGGAGGCUCUUCACAGCAGCUCCAGUUCUUGUCACUGCUUACAUCUGCCACUACAACGUUCUCCCAAUUUGCAAGGAGCUCAAGGAUUCUGCGCAGAUCAGGCCUAUAGUGCGCACGUCGCUGUUGCUGUGCUCGGCUGUGUACAUCACCACCAGUUUCUUCGGCUUCCUCCUCUUCGGCGAUUCGACGCUGGACGACGUCCUCGCCAACUUCGACUCCAACCUCGGCAUCCCCUACAGCUCGCUCUUCAACGACGCCGUCAGGGUCAGCUACGUGCUCCACCUCAUGCUCGUCUUCCCCAUCGUGUUCCAGGCGCUGCGGCUCAACAUGGAUGGGCUCCUCUUCCCCUCGGCGAGGCCGCUGUCCUGUGACAACCGAAGGUUUGGCGGGCUGACAGCGGCGCUCCUUGCGGUGAUAUUCCUCGCUGCCAAUUUCAUACCAAAUAUCUGGGACGCCUUCCAGUUCACCGGAGCCACGGCUUCCGUCUGCGUUGCCUACAUUUUCCCUGCUGCGAUCACGCUAAGGGAUCGUCAUGGCAUAGCAAGGAAGAGAGACAAGUCCCUGGCAUUGUUCAUGAUUGUUCUUGCUGUGGUGGCAAACGCCGUGGCAGUGUACAGCGACGCUUGUUCAUGAUCUUAAAUGGCAGUGGCAGCCAGGGCUACGUGAAGCGCACACGUAUCUGAAAAUUAAGUCAGCGCUGAUAGUACCGUAGCUGUGUAUAGAGCGUCUGAUUCCCCAUGGUCCUAAAGUGGGAGCCAUAAAUUAUGUGUUAUCACUUAAUACUCUCUCUCUCUCUCUCUCUCUCUCUCUCUAUCUCUCUUCUCUAAAUUCUAAGAUGUUUUAGCUUUUUAAAUAUAAUAGAUUUUACUCUACAAGUUUUUUCAUA